CGGGAGGUCGGAGCCCCGGACGAGGGGCUGGGCGGGAGUAGACCGCGCCGGCGUCCUGGGGGACGGCCGGGCGCAGAGGGCGAGGCUGUUGCGGAGACUCAGGGCAUCCCGACCAAGCUGUGGGUGCCGUCGGGGACGCCGGGGUCCCCUCGGAGCCCCGGUCGCUUGGCUCGGGCAUCUCACAGGCUUCGCAGCGCCAUCCAGCCCCUCGAAGCCGCGGGAUUGGCCAGACGUUCCCCUCGGGGGGUGGACGGCGAAGAGGCUGAGGGCGGCGGGAGCGGGGCGCGCCCUCCGUGACUAUCCGGUGCCUCCGGCGAUUCCAUCUCUGCGGAGUGGGCUUGGCGGCGCUGACCGGCCGGGAGGAGGGUCGGACGCGGCGCGGCGGCUCUGCCCGUGCAGCCUCCAUGUGGCUGCUGACGGGGACCCCGGUGGGAACCGGCCCGGGGCGCAGCCUCGCGCCCCUCGCUCCUCGCCUGCUCGGCGCCGGGGCAGGCGAUGUGGAGACGUGAGGGGCCCCGCGGUGCCCCGGCUUCUCCAGGACUCCAGCAGGCGCCCGCGCGUUCCACCGCAGCCGGCGCGGGAGCGACCGAGGCGGGGCUCGGCGGUGGGCGGGCGGACGGGCGGGCGACCCGCGGAGCCGGAGCCCCUGCCUCGCCAUGGGGCACAACGGCAGCUGGGUCUCCCGGAACGCCAGCGAGCCGCGCAACGCGUCGGGCGCGGAGGCUGCGGGCGCCAACCGCAGCGCGCUCGGGGAGUUCGGCGAGGCGCAGCUGUACCGCCAGUUCACCACCACCGUGCAGGUCGUCAUCUUCGUAGGCUCGCUGCUCGGUUCAUUAAAAACCUGGCCUGCUCUGGGAUUUGUGCCAGCCUGGUCUGCGUGCCCUUUGACAUCAUCCUCAGCACCAGUCCUCACUGUUGCUGGUGGAUCUACACCAUGCUCUUCUGCAAGGUUGUCAAAUUUCUGCACAAAGUCUUCUGCUCUGUGACGAUCCUCAGCUUCCCUGCCAUUGCCUUGGACAGAGUUUAUAGAGACAUUAUUGUGUGUCUUUCCAUCUUUGUAAUGCGGUACCUGGUGCCAUACCUGGCACAUUGGUGGUGCUCAGAGAUCCUCGUGACAGGAAGGUAUUACUCCGUCCUUUAUCCACUGGAGAGAAAAAUAUCUGAUGCCAGGUCCCGUGAACUGGUGAUGUACAUCUGGGCCCAUGCAGUGGUGGCCAGCAUUCCUGUGUUUGCAGUGACAGAUGUGGCUGACAUCUAUGCCAUGUCCACCUGCACCGAAGUCUGGAGCAAGUCGUUGGGCCACCUGCUAUAUGUUCUGAUCUACAACAUCACUACAGUCAUCGUGCCUGUGGCUGUGGUCUUCCUCUUCUUGAUACUGAUCCGACGGGCCCUGAGUGCUAGUCAGAAGAAGAAGGUCAUCAUAGCAGCACUUCGGACCCCCCAGAAUACCAUCUCUAUCCCCUAUGCCUCCCAGCGGGAGGCAGAGCUGCAUGCCACCCUGCUCUCCAUGGUGAUGGUCUUCAUCUUAUGUAGUGUGCCCUAUGCCACCCUGGUUGUCUAUCAGACAGUGCUCAACGUCCCUGACACGUCUGUCUUCCUGCUGCUCACUGCCAUUUGGCUGCCCAAGGUCUCCCUGUUGGCGAAUCCUGUACUCUUUCUGACUGUGAACAAGUCUGUCCGCAAAUGCUUGGUAGGGACAUUGGUACAACUGCACCACCGGUACAGUCGCCGUAAUGUAGUUAGUGCAGGGAGCGGGGUGGCUGAGGCCAGCCUGGAGCCCAGCAUGCGCUCGGGCAGCCAGCUCCUGGAGAUGUUCCACAUUGGUCAGCAGCAGAUCUUUAAGCCCACAGAGGAUGAGGAAGAGAGUGAAGCCAAGUACACUGGCUCAGCUGACCUCCAGGCCAAGGAGAUACUUGGUACCUGCCCAGAGGGAGGGCAGGGGCCACAUUUUGCACCUCCCACACCACUCCUAGGCACAGUAGACUCUCUAUCCCAGGUGGUACCAACAGCCCCUGUGGAACCUGAAUCAUUGCCUGACAAGUAUUCCCUGCAGUUUGGCUUUGGGCCUUUUGAGUUGCCUCCUCAGUGGCUCUCAGAGACCCGAAACAGCAAGAAGCGGCUGCUUCCUCCCUUGGGUAACACCCCAGAGGAGCUUAUUCAGACAAAGAUGCCCAAGGUAGGCAGGGUGGAGCGGAAGAUGAGCAGAAACAAUAAAGUGAGCAUUUUUCCAAAGGUGGAUUCCUAGUAAGGAUUGUAAAUCCCUGGAAGCAACAGGGAGCUCCCACGCUCCUGCCAUCCCUUCGCUCUGGCUGGCCCUAGGAUUUAUGUGAUCUUAUUGCAACCGAGUAUGGGUUGACUCCUCCUGUGUGGGCCUGAUGCUUUUUGAAUGAGAGGGAAAUCUAUGUAAGAUCAAGUGUCCUCUUAUUGAGGGAGUAUAUAUAUAUAUUUAUCUCAGUGAUCUGUGUCCUUAGUAAAGUUUGCAUUCCUCUCUGUGGAGACAAAAGCUGGGCGUGUGGAACAGGUCUUGGAAUGGGUACUCCAUAGGCAUUUUCUGAGGACUCUUUGGUUCCUGGGCCCAGCAGAGAGUACAGGGAGAGAAGAAUGUCUCUGAGCUCAAAGGGAGUGCAGGCACUCUAAGGGAAGCCCAAGAUAAUUACGGAGUGGUGUGGCCACAAAGAAAAUAAUGCCUGUUCGAUUGACUCAAAUAUGACAAAUAUUAAAAAUGUUUAGUAUUGAUCUGUAUAUUCAGGGAAGAUAGGGACUUGGCAUUUGACACCUUUUCUCUGGGAGGCCUGAUUGUAUGACUCAAUUUCUCCUGAAGUCCUUCAUCUCUUUCACUGGGAUAUAGAUAAAGAAUGGCAAUUCCACCCCCAUUUGACAGACAAGGCAAAGAUGUGCCACGGGGUAAGAGAGGAGAGAUAAUCCUGACAUUCUCUGGAUUAUCCUGACAUUCUCCUGGCAUCACUAAAGCCUCAGGAACCUGUGUCUGCAGUGUUGGUUGGGAAACACUACAAGUGCUUUACUAUCUCUUCCCCCUUAAAGUGCAUAUUUUCAACUAAUGAGAGAGAGAAGGUAAGAGGUAGAGAAGAAGGAAAUGUCCAAACCCUGUAGUCUCUUCUCUUCAACAUUGAUUUCAUGUGAAAGGGGCUAUAUCAAAUCAGUAGGAGUGAAGUAUAUUGAAAAAAAUUAUCUUGUGCAAAUUUUUGGAAUUAAAAGGUAAUUUAAAAAUGCAGAGUUGGUGUAACCUAGGCCCUCUGGAAACAUCGAGCUAAAAAUACUUCAUUAGGAAAGGUGCUUCUGCCCAAAGGAAGGAAAGAUGGCUUCCUUCUGUAGAGGACUCCAGAGCAGGGUGUGGCCAGACUCAUUUUCAGUCUCUUUUUGGACACAAAGGAGGAACAGGACAGGAAGAAAGAUGUAACCAGUUUAAAAUGCCAAGGCAGGACCCAGCCCCAGUGAGCCCUUCACUUCCUCUCUUCUGGAAAAGUGAGUCAGAGUGGAAGAGGGAGGAGGACUGUGUUCUUAACAGAUUAGCCUCCUGGGUGUGUGUGGGGGGUGCUCUCACAGGCAAUUCAAGUCCACUUUAGGGAGGAUGCCACCAGGCUAAAUUCAAACCGUCGAUGACACUUCACUUUUAAUGACAGCAAAUCAAGUGCCAGCUCCACUCUUCUGUCUAGGACAUGUUUUACUUGUUAAUAGUAUGUUGGCGGCAGAGGUGGCAAUCCAGUACCCUGAGCGAGCUUGAAUGAAAGUGGGAGUUCUCACCGGCAAACUUCCUUCCGCAUCCCAGGGGCAGUGGUCCUCAUGGAUCACUUCCUUGUCCUUUGGAGGAAGCUCAGACUAUGUGUAGGGAGUUUCCUUUUGCUCUUCUCUCCUGGGUGUGGUGUCUUGUGAUUCCAGAAUAUGAGCCCGAGGUCCCUUCCCUGGAAGAGGGAAAGCCUUCCUCUUCGUGUUGUGUCUCCUUGGCAGCAUUGUGUGCUCUCGGCACACACAGGGGCCUGCCACCGCCUCUCUCCUGGCCUCCCAGGCCUUCUGUGCAUGCCAUCUGUAGCACCAUGCCCCCUGAUAGUUAACUGUGGCCCUUCAAGCUUAUCUUUCAAAACCUUCACAAUUGUUACAACUUUCCUCCAGGGGAAACAUCAUCUGUCAGAAAACUGUGUCCACUUUAGAAGAAUCUGUCAAAUGUAGCCACUUAGGUGUUGUUCUGAUAAUAUAUAUGUACAUCUUAAUACAUUCUGGUGAGGUGGAAUUUGGUAGUUAUUUCUUAUGUAUGUUUGAAGCAGAUGGUUGACUUCUAACAGGUCAUUGCCAGGUGUAUUUCUAUAGUCUUUGAAGAAUUCCAUUUUAAUAAAAAACUGAAAAGCCGUUUCCAAACGCAAAAAAGGUUGCAUGAGCUAUGGGUUUUUUUUGUUGUUGUUGUUUCUUCCGUUCCCUCUCGAGUGAGCAUAUUCCUGUAAAUGCUGAAUGUUGAUUUAAUCAAAAUCACAGCGAUAUCAGGAAGGUAGAGGAGAAGUAGGGGGAUGAUUGUGCAGGAGAGCAUCUACCCUGACAGGAUGCAAUGCAAUGCAAUGAUGUCCAGAAUGGAUGAUGCAAAACAGAAUACACAUAUUUUGGAAUAUGGAGAUGUGUAACUGUGGCUGAAUUAUUGCAAGUCCUUGACUGCUUUGCGUGUUUGUUUUAAACCUUUUUGUUAUAUUUUAAAACAAUCUACAUGCGAGGCACUUGGGUGACUCAGUUAAGCAUCUGCCUUCAGCUUAGGUCAUGACCUGAGGUCCUGGGAUCAAGCCCUGCCUUAUACUCCCUUCUCAGCAGAGUCUGCUUCUCCUUUCUCUCUCCCUCUGCCGCCCCCUGUGCCGUUGCUUGUGCUAUCUCUCUGUCUCAAAUAAAUAAAGAAAAUCUUUUUUUAAAAAAAUAAAGCAAUCUACAUAUAUAGAUAAAAAUGCAAAUCAACUUAAAAACCUGAAUUUUGGGACGCCUGGAUGGCUUAGCAGUUGAGCAUCUAUCUUUGGCUCAGGACGUGAUCCCGGAGUCCUGGGAUCGAGUCCCACAUUGGGCUCCCUGAGAGGAGCCUGCUUCUCCUUCUGCCUAUGUCUCUGCCUCUCUCUGUGUCUCUCAUGAAUAAAUAAAAAUAAAUUUUAAAAAAAAAAUUUCUGAAUUUUGUAGCACACCAUCAGACUAAACAAAUGAAAAAUAGAAGAAACCAUAAGCAUCAUUAAAGGGAAUUGAGAAAAUUAGACAAUUCAGGCUUUCAGAGUAACUAAUGGCUUUCUGCUGAUACACUCAAAUAAUGUCAGUUUACUCAGAUAAUUCCUUUGGUUCAGCUCUAUGAACUGGGCUGUUAUAGGCUGUUUUGAAUCCCAUUUCCCCCCUAUCUUUUCUCAGUAACCAAGAAGUAAUAUUUCUUCUUUCUUUUUUUGUGUGUAUUUAAUAAAAUACAUUUGACAAUGAUUGCUACUUUUUUUAAAGAUGUUAUUUAUCUAUUUGACACAGAGAGAGAACCAGAGAGCACAAAUGAGGGGAACAGCAGAGGGAGUGAGAGAACUCCCCACUGAGCAGGGGCCUGAUUUGGGCUUUGAUCCCAGGAACUUGGUUAAUGACUGAGCCACCCUGGCACCCCUGAUUGCUGCUUCUUCUUCUUCUUCUUCUUUUUAAAGAUCUUAUUUGUUUAUUCAUGAGAGACACAGAGAGAGAGGCAGAGACAUAGGCAGAGGAAGAAGCAGGCUCCCCAUGGGGUGCCUGAUACUGGACCCCAUCCCGGGACUCUGGGAUCACACCCAGAGCCAAAGGCAGACACUCAAACACUGAGCCACCCAGGUGCCCCUGAUUGCUACUUUUUAGGAGCAAGUUUAAGUAAUGCUAGUUUAUUUAUUUUAGAAAUGUAGAACCCACCUAAUAUUUUAGAUUUAUACAAAAAUAUUAAGUUUAAUGAAUCCAACUAUUCUGGAAUUUGUUUGCUUAUUUGUAAUUUAUCUUAAGAUAAAUAUCUAAAGACAAUAUCUAAAGUGAACACUAUAUAAAUACAUUUGCAUUAACUGCUUCAAGACAUUAGAAUAUUAUCUAGAACAUCUCAAUUAGUUUUAAUUUAUAAUACUCUCUGCCUUAAAGUUUGUUCCCUUGGUAGCAUUUGGCUUCUCACUGCCUGCUUUGUAUUUGUAUAUGAUGUUUCACUGGAGGAUAUUAAAGCACAGCCCACAGACUUUCUGUAGGCAAUGAUAUGAUCUCUAUUCUGCAGCUGGGGAACCAGAGACACAGAUGGCCACGUCAUUAGUUCUCAGAGAUGAAGCAAGUUAGAGACAGAGCUGAAAACAGUACAGAAGGCAUUAAGGCCACAUUCUUUCACUGCACCCUCCAAAGUACUGAUGAUCAUUAUCAUCCACUGU